UCUUUCUCCCAUCUCUCUCUCUCUCUCUCUCUCUCUCUCUCUCUCUCUCUCUCUCUCUCUCUGUGUCUCUGAGAGACUUAGGGUCUGCAUUUUCACCCAUUUGGUCACAUUUGAUCACAGACUUGGGAGAGAAAAAGGAGGCCUUUUUGGCUUCUUUUGUUUUUUCUCUGCUGCCCAAAAAGGGGGAGAUAGAGAGGUGGGUUUUUGUGUGGAAAAAGGAGGAAAUUUCAGCAGAAAGAAGAGGGAAGUGAGUUUGCGUGUUGUGGGAGGAAGAGGAAAUCGAUUCAUAGAAGAAGAAGAAGAAGAAGAGGAGGAGGAGGAGGAGGAAGAGGAGGAGGGUUAAUAUAUAUAUAUAUAUAUAUAUAAUACAUAUAAUAGAUAAAGUAAAGAAUAUAAAUAUAGAGGGAGGAGGAGCAGAGAUCAUGGGGAGAGGGAGAGUGGAGCUGAAGAGGAUAGAGAACAAGAUAAACAGACAGGUGACCUUCGCCAAGAGGAGGAAUGGUCUGCUCAAGAAAGCCUAUGAGCUCUCCGUCCUCUGCGAUGCCGAGGUUGCCCUCAUCGUCUUCUCCAACCGCGGCAAGCUCUAUGAGUUUUGCAGCUCCUCCAACAUGCUCAAGACGCUGGAGAGGUACCAAAAAUGCAGCUAUGGCCCUGUCGAAGUAAACAAACCCAACAAAGAACUCGAGGCCAGCUACAGGGAGUACUUGAAACUGAAAGGUCGAUUCGAGGCCCUUCAGAGAACUCAGAGGAACCUUCUUGGGGAAGACCUGGGCCCACUGAACUCGAAGGAACUGGAGCAGCUUGAGCGGCAGCUCGAUUCAUCCCUGAAACUCGUUAGGUCGACAAAGACACAGUGUAUGCUGGAUCAGCUUUCUGAUCUUCAGAACAACGAACAAUUACUGAUGGAGGCUAAUCGUACUUUGGCAGUAAAGUUGGAAGAACUUUGUCUGAGGAACAACAUUCGACCUCCAUGGGAGGGUGGAGAGGAACAGCGCAUGCCAUACGGUCAUCAUCACCAGAAUUCUAGCUCACAGGGAUUUACUCACCCUCUUGAGUGCAACCCAACAUUACAGAUCGGGUACAAUGCAGUGGAGUCGGAUCAGAUGACCAGUGCUACAACUACUACUCAUCCCCAACAAGUUAAUGGAUUUCUUCCGGGGUGGAUGCUCUGAUGAUCCAUUCUGAGCCGAUGCUCAAACUGUAAUGCUUCCAUCAUCCCUCCUACGGGGUCCAAACUAAUCCGCAUCCAAUACGUAUGUAUAUGCAAAAGCUGCUUUCCUGCAAUGGAUAGUUUCUAUCGAGUACGUGCGCUGUAUUCUAUCCUCAAUUCAUAAAAUCAACAAGACUGACUGUUGAACCUUUCGGUUGUUAUGAACAAGUCACUUUUGAUUGCUAAUUAAUAUGUUUGGAAAUGAUGAUUUUUAAUUACUGCA